AUGCUGGCUGUGUGUGUGCGGUUCUACAACUCUAAAUUGAAGCGCACCCUCCUGGGGCCGCUCUUCAUGGGGAUGUGUCGGGUCUGCAAUGUCUCCCUCGGCGCAAUCGUGGGAGCAGCCGCCAAUCCACUCGCUUACGCCGCAAUAAUGCGGCCCAUCAGCGCCGGCAUCUUGCUCUACGUUAUCGGUCUGACGGUUUUCGCGCGCGAUGAGGCACAUGCUAAACGUAGAGGAGUAUUGGAUAUCGGCCUCACUCUGUGCUUAGCCGGUGUUGGCAUUCUUGGCUUCUCGCCGCUGCUAUCGGAUGGUAUUCCCAACAAUCAUCAGCCGACAACUUGGGCCAUCUUCUGGAUCGCUGCAACUCUCAUCGCAACGCGCGGCAUGGUCGCCGGCAUCCUCCAACCCACGCCCAGAAACAUCGGCCGCGGCGUUGGCAUCGCUAUCCAGGGGCUCGUUGUCAUCGACGCGACGCUGGCGACGCUUUACGCGGGGCCGGUCGCGGGGCUGGCGAUUCUCGCGCUGCUGCCGGUUACGAUGCUGCUUGACGCGAUGGAGGUGCUUGCUGCGAUCGGCUAUCGCGCGAUCGCGCUGACGAUCGAUCACGGUGUGCUCAAUCCGCGCGACGCGGCGCUCGGCGAUCAAGCGGGACGUUUGCGGCGGGUGGCGAAGAAGCUCGGGCUGACGCUCGUCGUUGAAACGGGGGGACGCUACUUGCUCGACCCGUGGACGAAGCACGAGCCGACGCUCGUCUCCACCGACGCCGACAAGCGGGCGUCGCGGGUGGCGUUUUAUGAGCAAGCGAUCGAUGUCGCUCAGGAGCUGGGCGCCGUGUGCGUCUCGCUCUGGUCGGGCGUCUUGCGUGAUGACGCGCCGGCGGGCGAAGCUUGGGAGCGGCUCGUCGCGGGGAUGAAGCCGGUGCUGGAGCACGCCCAUCGGUGCGCGAUGCCGGUCGCCUUCGAGCCCGAGCCGGGGAUGUUUGUCGCGACGCUUGCCGAUUACCGUGAGUUGAAGGAACGCUUAGCCGCUAGCGGCGUNNCGCUGCGGUUGACGAUCGACAUCGGGCACCUGCACUGCAACGGCGAGACGCCGCUCGCCGACGAGAUCGAGCGGCACGCCGCCGACCUGGCGAACGUCCACCUCGAAGACAUGCGCGCCGGCGUCCACGAGCACCUGCCUUUCGGCGAAGGCGAGAUCAACUUCACCGAAGUGAUGGCGGCCCUCAAGCGAAUCACCUACACGGGCCCGGCAUGCGUCGAGCUCAGCCGCCACAGCCACGACGCCCCGCGCGUCGCCCGCCGCGACCUUGAGCACAUGCCACGGCUGAGCGCGCUUACCGCGGCGGGCGAUCGGGCGCCGCUCGUGGCGAGCGUGCCGGCGGUGACGCUGCCGGUGCAGGCCAACAUGACGACGGGGCAGCCGCCCGCGGAGCAUGGCGUUGUCGCCAACGGCUUUUACUGGCGCGACGGGCGUGGCGCGCACGACGGCGUCGAGAUGUGGACCGCUUGGGCCGACGUGGUGCAGCGGCCGCGCAUCUGGGAUCGGCUCAAGGACCACGACGCUUCGCUCACCAGCGCCGUUUGGUUCCCCCUGCUCGUUAAAGGCUGUGCGGCGGACUUCGUUUGCACGCCCGCCCCGAAGCACAACGAGGACGGCAGCGAGUCGCUGUGGUGUUACACCCGGCCCGAGCCGUUGUACGCCGACCUGCUGCCCGAGCUGGGCCACUUCCCGCUGCAGCACUUCUGGGGGCCGAUGGCGAACAUCCAGGGGAGCCGUUGGAUCGUGUCGUCGCUCUUGUGGCUGCUGGAGCGUGAGCAGCCGAACUUUGUUUACGUCUACUUGCCGCACCUCGAUUACGCGGCGCAGAAGUUCGGGCCCGAUUCGCCGCAGGCGAUUGCGGCCUUGGAGGAACUUGAUGGUGAGAUUGGGCGACUCGUCGAUGGCGUGCAGACGGCGCUAAGCGGCGAGCCGCUGUGGCUCGUGGCUUCGGAGUAUGCGAUCAGCGAGGUCUCGCACGCCAGUUACCCCAAUCGCGCGUUGCGCGACGCGGGGCUGCUGGAAGUACGGCUGGACGAGGACGGGCGCGAACGGCUCGACUUCGCGGCGAGCCGGGCUUGGGUGAUGGUGGACCAUCAGGUGGGGCAUGUCUUCGUCCGCGACCGCGACGCGGCGGUGAUCGCUCAAGCGGGCGACGCGCUCGGCAAACUCGAAGGGAUCGCCGCGGUUUGGGACGCCGAGGAACAAUCCCGCCAGGGAGUCGGCCACGAGCGUUCGGGCGACCUCUUGCUGGUUAGCGAGCCGCAUAGUUGGCAGGCUUACUACUGGUGGCGUGACGACGCGCUCGCGCCGCGGUUCGCCCGGCAAGUUGAUAUCCACCAGAAGCCGGGCUACGACCCGUGCGAGCAGUUCUGGGACACGGUCGCGAUGCAGCAGCACGGCGGCGGCGUGCCGCUCGAUCCGCUGCGGGUGAAGGGCUCGCACGGCGCCCCGCCGCGCAGCGACGCCCAACGCGGCGUGCUGCUCUCCAGCCGCAAGGGGACGUUCAUCGAACAGCCGACUGCCGAUGUCGAUGUGUUCGACAUGGUGCUGCGGCAGUUCGGGGCGUAA